ACUUCAAAAAUUUUCCUAGCUAAUUAUGAUGAGAUGAUUAAUUGCACUCAUAAACCAAUAAAAAAUUAGCCGGCAACUAUUAUUGGUGACAGUAGCAAUCAUCUCGCAAUGUUCUUCUAUAUUUUGAUCCUUUUCUUUGUAUCAUCAUCAAUUCAAAAGGAGCUCGCCAAUGGGAACGUUCGAAUUAUAGGAGGACAUACAGCACAUAUCAGCCAGGUGCCUUUCGUUGCAGCUAUCAAUGUUGAAGGUUCCGGUUAUACCUGGUUUUGUGGAGGAGCAUUGUAUGGAAGCCAGUGGAUUAUCACAGCUGGUCAAUGUGUAAAUGGUGCCAUUCUUUUCACAAUUCGUUUGGGAUCAAUCAGUUUGACUGAACCGGACGCAAAUCGUGAAACACUUUCAACUUCAACUUAUUUCAUACAUCCUGAAUUUGAUCCUGAAACUUUGGAGAAUGAUAUUGGGCUUAUUAAGCUUCGAAUGCCUGUUACACAUACCAGUUACAUUAAAUCAAUCAAUUAUUUGGCUUUGAACGAGCUUUGGAAUAACACACAUGUCUAUGUGAUGGGCUGGGGACAAACCAGUGAUGACGAUGGAUCGUUAUCAGAUGAUUUAAAAAUGGCUUUGGUCACUACUUUGCCCAAUGAAGAAUGUAAGUUAACCUUCGGCAAUCAAAUUAAAGAAACCAUGGUUUGUGUUGAUGGACAAUACAACGAAGGAGCCUGCCAUGGUGAUACUGGAAGUCCACUGAUACUUCUGCACCCUCGUGGUAUAACAGAACACGUAGGAAUUUCAAGUUUUGUAAGCUUUAACGGGUGUGAGACUCCAGAACCGUCUGGCUAUACAAGGACUUACCCUUAUAAUGACUGGAUUAAUAAUAUUACAAAGAGUAAUGACUGAAAACUUAAAAAUGUAUUCUCAUGUUAUAUUAGUGCAAUAAAGAGAUUUGAUAUAAAUUGAA